CCCGCUUCCUCCCUAAACUGUCUCUCGUUCCUCUCGAACAUUUCGACUCAAUGCGCCGGCGCGCACAAAGCCUACUGCUCUAAAUACCGAUAUCUCCUCUCUGCUUUUCCCUCGUUUCAGAUUUUUAUUUUUAUAGUUAUUUAUUUUUUUGUUUGAAUUUCUAGGGAUUCUGCUCCCGAUCUCCACGGAUACUUGUAGGGUUUCGCUUCCAGAAUUAUCUUUCUAGUUUUUACCCUCUCUCUCGUCCGCUGCAGAAAUGGCUUCUGUUGAGUCGAUUUCAGCGGCGAUCGAAUCCGUUGCUGCGAAGAAGGAGAAUCUUCGGAAAGCCUUCGAAGAUCUCCGAUCACAGCCGGCCACUCUACCUUCCUUUGCGUUUUGUUGGAAAGAUCUUGAAGAUUACUUUGAUUCGAUGGAAAAAUCCAUCCACCAAAGCUUCGAAGAUCUCAAAUUCAAAGAACAUAGGAAGCAACAGCUGCUUCAACCCACCAUCGAAUCUCUCCCGUCGCAUAAAGAAAAAUCUCUGGAGAAAGAUCCGGCAAAUGAACCGGAGAAAUUGGAGCAGGAUCGUCUUCCAGAGCUGAAAUCACGCUCCGUCGAGAUGGAUAGAAAGGAAUUUUGGUCUUUCUUUGCUAAGAGCAGCAAUGAUCUCAUGAACAUCCGUGAUCAGAUCACUGCGGCCCUCCAAUCUGUACCCGACCCUGCAGAGCUAGUUUUGGAUGCGAUGGAAGAGUUCAGCAUCCCCCCAAAUUCGAACUUCUUCUUGCACGAGCUGAGGUUGAUCUCGCCUGAGAUUAAGGCCCAUGUGAAAGAGAAAGCAUUGAAAGUGGCGGUUGAAGCGAAAGGCCAGGUUUUGAAGGGUGGAAAAAAGACAAAAAGGGCACGCACAUUUUUGAACUUUGUAUCUACAUACGGCUUGGGUUCUGCUUUUGAUGCGGAUGAGCUGCUGGAUUUUGUCAUUCUUGUUACUCAGUGGGUGGCGCAUUCGAUUAAUCUUUGCCGGGAUCUUGGUCUUUCUAAGAAGAUUCCUGACCUUGUUCAUAGAUUGACAAGUAUGGGGCGGCUGCUUGAAGCUGUUAAAUUCAUAUGCGCUUUCGAGCUCACAGACAAGUUCCCUCCAGCAUCUCUUCUCAAGAAAUUCUUACAGGAUGCAGAGAAGUGCACUCAAGAAAUCCGAGAAAAGGGGAAUAACUCAAUUCAAGCCCAGAAUCUGGCCACCAAGAAGGAACUCUUUGCCACCAAGGCAGUAAUCAAAACCAUUGACGAAUUGAAGCUUGAAUCCGAAUACCCAUGUGAGCCGCUUCUCAAGCGCAUUGUCGAGUUGGAGAAGCUUAUGGAGGCCGUCCCCAAGCCCCACCAGCAGCCAGCAAUUGUGCACGGGGCAGAGGGGAAAGAUAAAUCUAAGAUGGAGGAGGCCACCUCCAAGCCCCUACAGCAUCUGGCUAUCAAGCCAGAGUCAGAUGGGGAACAUACAUCCAAGAUGGAGGAGGCAGUUGUCCCCAAGCCCCAGCAACAGCCAGCGAUCAACCAGAAGACAGAUGUGAAAUGUACUGCAACUAUAGUGGCUCCCAAGCCCCAACAACCGCCAGCGAUCGAGCUGAAGGCAGAUGGACUGCAUGCUGUAAUCAAGCAGAGGGCGCGCCGUGGAAAACGUGGUGGGAGAAAACAUGCCGCGAAGAUGGAAGGCCUAAGGCCCCAGCAAGAGCCAGCAAGCAAGCGGCCUCGCCCAACAGCAGCAACAGACUCUUCCUUCCCCAUGAUGACACUAGGUAAUCCACCAGCAAUGCAGGUAGGUGGGGCUCAACCAUAUCUGCGUUCAGCUGGUACUUAUGGUUUGGUGGGGCCCAGCAAUGGUCCUAGCAUCUUGGCAGCAUCUGGGCAGUUGGGCCCACCAAUGCAUCUUCAACAUCUCAUGCAGUCAAGUUUGUACAAUAAUCCUAUAGUUCAUCCCUCGUCUGGUCAUUUGCCACCACCGCAACCAUACCAUCCGUCUUACUAUCCUUGAGAUUUGAUGGAUGACUGCCUUUUGGAUCAUUGUAUAGGUUUGAUUGGGCAUACAAGUAGAGAUUUUGAUUGGAGAUUGGUGCCGAUCAUCUCAAUUGAAUGUUUUAAUCCUUUGAUCAUACAAGGGCUACUGAGUAAGUGGGGCCCAUUUUCAAAGCACAAGGGCCACAUUACAAAGGUGGGUGGAAACAAUCCAAUUUGAAAGACUUCAUCUGCUGUCUUA